UACAUGAAAUUCAGCAGUAUCCGAACAUGGCCUAAUUCUCUCUCAUCGGACCCAGUCCUCUAUGCUCUAUCUCACUUUCUCUCUCUAGGAUUCGGUUGAAACCCAAACCCUAACUUCGGUUCCCCAGCGGCAACCACAGGGGAGAAGCUCUGGGAUUCAAUCUUGUUGAAUGUGUGUAGCUACACAUUCACGGCGAAGGAAGCUCAAUCUUCGACGAUGGACUUCCCGAACGGCGAUUUCCUUGAGCUUCCGAUUGGGAACUCCGCCGAGUCGUUGCAGAGGUUCUUGGCUUCGCAGAGAGACCUCUUCCACAGCCAGAUCGAUCAGUUUCAGGAAAUCGUCGUCACGCAAUGCAAACUCACCGGCGUCAAUCCUCUCUCUCAAGAAAUGGCAGCUGGUGCUCUUUCAAUAAAGAUCGGUAAAAGACCAAGGGAUUUAUUAAAUCCGAAGGCCGUUAAUUACAUGCAAUCUGUUUUUUCUAUUAAGGAUGCAAUUAGCAAGAAAGAAUCUCGAGAGAUUAGUGCUUUAUUUGGUGUCACAGUAACACAGGUGCGUGACUUUUUCAAUGGUCAACGCUCUAGAGUGAGGAGAUUUGUUCUGUCGUCAAGGGAGAAAGCAUUAAAAUCUAAUUCUUGUGAAGAACCUCAGGAUGAGCUAAUAAACUCUGAUCCUAUGAGACCAAUAAAUCCAGCUCCCUUAAAUUCUAUCAUGCCCAGCAAUGCUGAAGGCGCAUCUUGUUCAACGCAGGAUGCAGCUUUGUCUGACCUAGAUGACUUAGAUAAGAAAUUUGUUGAUAAUAUUUUUAGUCUAAUGGAGAAGGAGGAGUCAUUUUCUGGGCAGGAGAAACUGAUGGAGUGGAUAUUGACAAUACAGAACUUUUCAGUGUUGUUGUGGUUUCUGACCAGAGGAGGUGUGAUGAUUUUAGCAACUUGGUUGAGUGUAGCAGCUGUUGAAGAGCAAACAAGUGUCCUCCUUCUUAUCUUGAAGGUUCUUUGUCAUUUGCCUUUACACAAAGCCCUUCCUACACACAUAUCAGCUAUAUUGCCGUGUGUUAAUAGAUUGCGGUUCUACAGGACAUCAGAUAUAUCAAACAGGGCAAGGGUUUUGUUAUCGAAGUGGAGCAAAUUAUUAGCAAGGGACCAAGCAAUGAAGAAACCCAAUGGCGUUAAACUUUCUAAUGAUGGUCAAAAAGAUAAAAUGUUCUCUCAAAGUAUUGGUCAAAUUAUGGGCUCUGAAUCAUGGGAUUCAAAUAUGAAUGUCCAUGAAGACAUUCUUGCUCUCUCUAAUGAUCAUUCAGAUAAUUUCAGGAAACUGGAAUCUUCCCACGCUGUGAAAUUGUUGCCAUCCAGCUCAGAUGAUUCUAAUAAGAAGCUUGCUCUUGGUGUUUCUUCAUCUCAAUCAAAUGGCCCUAGAGAGCGCAGAAAAGUGCAACUGGUGGAACAGCCAGGCCAAAAAUCAGUGACCAGAAGCCCACAGGCGACAAGAGUAGCCCCUAUAAAUCAAGGUCGUCCUAUGUCUGCUGAUGAUAUACAGAAAGCAAAAAUGCGUGCUUUAUUCAUGCAGAGUAAGUAUGCAAAAAAUGGGUCUUCCAAGGAAAAUAAAAAUGUGAAGAUCGAUGGUUUGCAUAAGCAUCAGACAAAUCAGGCCAGUAUUGCAGCUUGCUCUGCUAAAGUUCCUGUUCCACCCAGAAUUGAAGAUGACAAAAGGACCUCAUUGCUUCCCUCUAGUAAGGCCACUAAUAGGCUGGAAACAUCUUAUUCUAAACCUAGAACGGAUGCAAAUGAACCAGUGUGGGAGAAGUGCAAGAGGGUGCAAAUCCCAUGGAAGACACCAGCAGAAGUGAAACUCAGAGAUACAUGGAGUGUUGGUGCUGGUGAAAAUAGCAAAGAGGUUGAUGUCCAGAAAAACAGAAACCGCAGGGAGAAGGAAACUAUUUAUCAGACUGUCCAAGAGAUACCAUCUAAUCCCAAAGAGCCAUGGGACCUCGAGAUGGACUAUGAUGACACUUUGACACUGGAAAUUCCCAUUGAACAGCUGCCGGAUGUUGAUGGUGCAGAACUAGCAUUUGCCCCUGAUGAGGUUGCAACUCAUGCUGUUCAAGGCGUACCCACACCGUCUUCAACCAGUAAUGUAGCUGAUACUGCUCAACCUGACUUGGAACUGCUAGCAGUGUUACUUAAAAAUCCAGACUUAGUAUUUGCCUUAACUUCGGGACAAGGUGGUAGCAUCCCAAGUGAGGAAACCGUGAAGGUACUUGACAUGAUCAAGAGAGGUGAUAUGAACUUGGGUACACAUGAUACAAAUCAUGGAAAUGGCAUUAGUGCAAAGCCCACAGAGAAGGUGGAAGUUUCACUCCCCUCACCAACUCCUUCAAGUGAUCCAAGAACGAGUGGAUGGAGCACAAUGCCACCAAAGAAUCCCUUUUCACGGCAAAGCUUAGCACCAGCUAGAAGCUAUCCUGCAGUGGCAACUACCAACUUAAUAUCUCAGGUUCCAGCAAUCGGCACUACAGUAAUAAGGCAGCAGCCAACAAUGGCGCUUCCAUCUUCAAAUCCAUUCACUAGCACAGUAGUUUCUUCAUAUUCACUGCCUCAGGCAACAAUUGUACCUGAGACAGAGAUGCAACCACCCCUCGCUCUUUCCUCUCUGCAUGUACAACAAACACCACUCUCAGAUAUAGGUUUAACCAUGAAGAACAAAACUAGUACAAAUCCGUCUUCAGUUAACUUACCGGGCGCACAUUCACCUUUAGCGAUGCGGGUCAACGGCACCAGUAAUGUAAAACCAGUACCUAAUAUGAGUGUUGAAGACGGUUUGUCUAAUUCAUUUCCCCAAUCCUUCAGGUUGGCCUCAACAACCCCUUCACUUUCAGCCACACAACAACAACAAAGACAUGCACACUUGGCCUCUCAGCAAGCCCAUUUCCCUGAGGCUUCAUACCGCAACAGUGUACAUUCCUAUCCACCACCACAAAUUGAAAAACCAGGUCAAGUUUCAGAUUCUUGGAGAGUUAGGCAAGAUGUGCCAUCAUCCAGUUACCAUUCCAAUAGAAAUCAAAACUACUAUGACAAUGCAUAUGUUGGGGGUUCCAUGCAGGCUGGUCCUUCUUGGGAUAGAAACAAUCAUGCAACAAGGGAACAAUAUGAAACAUGGAGCCCAGAUAAUAGUCCAACUAGAAAUCCUAGGUAUGUUCCUGGUAGGAGUUACCCAGAGUCCAGAGUGAAUCAGCAUGGAAGAAACCAUAGGCCUGAUUGGUCAAGGCAGCGUGGUUCUUCUGGACAUUGGGACCCUGCUAGGCAGGGAAACAGAAAGUGGCAUGACGAGAGACGAUGAUUACUCUGUUCACAAAUGAUAUAGUUCGAAGGAUUUUUACUUAUUUUUUACGUCACUCGUUAAUAUUCCCGAUGUACAGUAGAAUUUGAUUGUGUCAUCCUGAUGACAAGGAUUGUCCCUUUGAGAGAGAGAGAGAGAGAGAGGCUCCCUAAAAGCCUAAAACUGGCUUCGGUUGGAAGUGGAUGUAGUGUAGGAUAAGCGUAAUGUUCAAGUACUCGCGGAUGUCAAGAUUUUUUUUCUACUUGUAUGUCAAUUUUAUAAAGAUCUCAAUCAGAAUUCUGAAUUUUCAAAAAAGGAAAAAAGAAAAGAGAGAAAGAAUAGUUGUGUUUU